CUCUCUCUCUCUCUCUCACUCUCUCUCUCUCUCUCUCUACUUCUAUAAAUCUUUCUGUUCUUCAUUCUCUUUUGGUUAAUUUUAUUUCUCUAUCCCAAAAGUAUAAAUUCUCAUUGUGUUAUGGUUUUAGUUAUGGAUGAUGAAGAGAGUAAUAACGUAGAAAGGUUUGACGACGUCGUUUUGCCAGGGUUUAGGUUUCAUCCCACAGAUGAAGAACUCGUAAGUUUCUACUUGAAACGGAAAGUUCUACACAAAUCUCUUCCCUUUGAGCUCAUCAAGAAAGUUGACAUUUACAAAUACGACCCAUGGGACCUCCCAAAGCUUGCGGCGAUGGGGGAGAAAGAGUGGUACUUUUACUGUCCAAGAGACAGGAAAUAUCGUAAUAGCACGAGGCCUAACCGAGUAACCGGAGGUGGAUUCUGGAAAGCAACCGGAACAGACCGGCCUAUAUACUCGUUGGACUCGACUCGAUGUAUCGGUUUGAAAAAAUCGCUUGUCUUCUAUCGUGGUCGAGCUGCUAAAGGAGUUAAAACCGAUUGGAUGAUGCACGAGUUUCGUCUCCCUUCUCUCUCUGACUCUCAUAACUCAUCAUAUCCCAACUACAAUAACAAGAAGCAACAACAUAACGACAACAGCAAAGAGAUACCUUCAACUGAUGCUUGGGCGAUUUGCAGAAUAUUCAAGAAGACGAAUUCAGUAUCCUCACAAAGAUCAAUCACACAGUCUUGGCUUUAUCCGACGGUUCCUGAGACCAACCAAUACAACUCACAGUCACAAACCGCGACUCUCUUGGCUUCAACAGACGUUCUCAGCAACAUAGCAACAAGACAAAACCAUGUCUCUUCUCCAGUCAACGAACCCGCAAGCUUCACUGAAUCAGCCGCUGCUUAUUUCGCGUCUCAGAUGCUCGGAGUUCCGUACAACACAGCUAGAAACAGCGGAACAGGAGAUGCUAUAUUCUUGAGAAACAGUGAAACAGGGGAUGCUCUGUUUUUUAGCAACAACGAGACUAACUACUUCAAUAACAUGACUCAUGAGCUUUCGAAUGUACGAUCAUUGGUGGAGUCUGGUUUCGAGACGAGGGCCGGUGAGAUGUCGGCCACGUCGUACUCCACUAACAAUUAAGAUGUACUAUUAACACUUGAACCAGUGUAGGACAUUGCUAAUAGUAUGUAUUAAUUUUUAAUUAUCUUAUUAAUGUUGCUUUGGUUUUUGUUUCUUGGAGACCAAAAAGAAAAGAAAAACAAAGACUUGCUUUGCUUCGUAUAGCUUUCGGCCUUUUGAAGUAACCUAAUCUUGGACAAUGUAACUUCUGUUUAGUUUUUUCUUUUCUUAAAAGACU